AACACAGCACCGUCAACAGCAUGCAGGGUAAACGUAAAGCACUGAAGUUGAAUUUUGCCAACCCGGCCUUCAAAUCGACAGCAAAAUUCACCCUGAACCCCACUAUUCCAAGUACCCACAUGAUGCACAAACUGGACGCUAUCAGAAAUCUUGAGACGACGUACCCAAAACAGGAUUUGCGGACAUCUGGCGGGAAGGCGUUAAGCACAAAUGAACAGGCAACAAAAAACCGGCUAGAGAGACUGAGGACGCACAGUAUUGAAUCAUCUGGAAAAUUAAAGCUCUCUCCAGAACAACAUUGGGACUUCACAGCAGAAGACUUAAAGGACCUGGGGGAGAUUGGCCGCGGUGCUUACGGCUCUGUCAAUAAAAUGAGCCAUACCCCUAGCGGGCAGAUUAUGGCUGUUAAGAGGAUUCGCUCCACAGUGGAUGAGAAAGAGCAGAAGCAGCUCCUCAUGGAUCUGGAUGUGGUGAUGAGGAGUAGCGACUGCCCGUACAUAGUCCAGUUCUACGGAGCGCUAUUCAGAGAGGGUGACUGCUGGAUCUGCAUGGAGCUCAUGGCUACCUCGUUCGACAAGUUUUACAAAUAUGUAUAUAGCUCUUUAGAUGACGUUAUUCCAGAGGAGAUCUUAGGCAAAAUCACUUUAGCGACUGUGAAAGCCUUAAAUCAUUUAAAAGAAAACUUGAAAAUCAUUCACAGAGACAUCAAACCUUCCAAUAUUCUCCUGGAUACAAACGGAAACAUCAAACUGUGUGACUUUGGCAUUAGCGGGCAGCUGGUGGAUUCCAUUGCCAAGACCAGAGAUGCCGGCUGCAGACCUUACAUGGCACCAGAAAGAAUAGACCCAAGUGCGUCCCGACAGGGAUACGAUGUCCGCUCCGACGUGUGGAGCCUCGGGAUCACGCUAUACGAGUUGGCCACAGGCCGCUUUCCCUACCCCAAGUGGAACAGUGUGUUUGAUCAGCUGACACAGGUUGUGAAAGGGGACCCCCCGCAGCUCAGCAACUCGGAGGAGCGGGAGUUCUCCCCCAGCUUCAUCAGUUUCGUUAAUCAGUGCCUUACCAAGGACGAGUCAAAAAGACCAAAAUACAAAGAACUUCUGAAACACCCUUUCAUCCUGAUGUACGAGGAGCGCACGGUGGAGGUGGCGGGGUACGUGGGUAAGAUCCUGGAGCAGAUGCCGGCCUCCCCCAGCUCCCCCAUGUACGUCGAUUGAUGCCGCCGUCACGCAAAUGCCUAGCGACAAGGGCUGCGAGCGAAGCCAGACGCAGAGAGAUCCCACCUCUCCCCCCAUUGGCUGUCGGCGACCGGCCGCCUCCCUCCCUCGCGCCACGUGCAAUAAGAUCGGUGUUCGUUUCAUUUCCCUUCCAUCGUGUCUGUGUGCUACCGUCACAUGUCAAUCUUGCCCCUCCCCCUUUCCACUUAAAGGAACAGCUCACCCUGCCUGGGUCAGCGGGACGCGCACCCUAUUCCUAACAGGGUUUUUUCUUGGGGGGGGGGGGGGGGUAUAUAAAAAAAAAAACAAAGCCUAGAUGCUGCAUGGAUCAGUAAGAGAGACCUGGCGCCAUCGUACCACCCGUUACCCUGUCCCGCAGGGGGGCAAAGAAUAUGAAUUAUAUAAAUAUAUAUAUUUUUUAUUAUUUUUAAAAAAUGGAAAUAAAAAGUACUUUUUUUUUUUUUUUUUUUCAUUUACUUUAUUUUUUUUGGUUUUGUCGGGGGGGCGGGGAUUCCUUCACAAAGUGCAAUAGAUCAAACCGAUUCUCCGCCAGGCGGUCAUGUGACGGAUCCUGUUCUGGACGCUUUUUAUUGGUCGCCCCCCCCCCCCUCUGGCAUUCUGGCAGAGAACGGGUUAAUGGUUGGAAAAACGAUCUGUUCUGCUAUUCUAGUUAUUUUAUGUUCUCGAGAGUGGUUGGAAUUUUUUUUUUUUUAAUUUGUAAGGAAUCGUUAAAUAUAGUGAGAUAUCUCUUUACCAAAAAA